UCAAGAUGACUUCCAUGUUGACCUGCAUCUUCAGGAACCUCCCUGCUUCCUCAGCAUGGGCUGCCGGGAUCUCUGCAAGAUCACUCAGCUGCUCUUCGCAGUUACAAGCAGCAGCAGUCCAGCCCAAGAGUAAGAAGACCUUAGCCAAAACUGGUGUGAAAAACAUUGUUGUGGUGGAUGGCGUCCGUAUUCCAUUUCUGCAGUCUGGCACCUCGUAUAUGGAUCUUAUGCCACAUGACUUAGCCAGAGGAGCGUUGCAGGGGCUGCUGAAUCGGACCAAUGUCCCGAAGGAUGCUGUGGAUCACAUCGUUUACGGCACCGUUAUCCAGGAAGUGAAAACGAGCAAUGUUGCCCGGGAGGCAGCCUUGGGAGCUGGUUUCUCUGACAGAACGCCGGCCCACACAGUCACCAUGGCCUGCAUUUCCUCAAACCAGGCUAUGACUACAGGUGUGGGGCUGAUUGCGGCCGGCCAGUGCGACGUCGUCGUCGCCGGGGGCGUGGAGCUGAUGUCGGAUGUUCCCAUUCGUCACAACAGGAAGAUGAGGAAGACUAUGCUCACGCUUAACAAGGCCAAGACGUUGGGCCAGAAGCUCGCUCUGCUUUCCAAAAUUCGCCCUGACUACUUUGCUCCUGAUCUGCCGCUCGUGGCAGAGUUCUCCACCAGCGAGACCAUGGGGCACUCUGCCGACCGCCUGGCCGCUGCCUUUUCCGUGUCCCGUUUGGAGCAGGACGAGUACGCCCUCCGCUCGCACACGCUGGCCAAGAAAGCCCAGGACGAAGGCUUGCUGCAAGACGUGGUAGCCUUCAAAGUGCCAGGCAAAGAGACAGUAACCAAAGAUAAUGGAAUCCGUCCUUCCUCCAUGGAGCAGAUGGCCAAGCUGAAGCCGGCUUUUAUCAAGCCCUACGGAACAGUCACAGCUGCCAACUCGUCCUUCCUGACAGAUGGUGCUUCGGCCAUCCUGCUCAUGUCCGAGGAGAAGGCUCUGGCCAUGGGAUACAAGCCAAAGGCCUACCUCAGGGACUUUGUUUAUGUGUCCCAAGAUCCAAAGGACCAGCUGCUCCUCGGCCCGACGUAUGCGACCUCCAAACUGCUGGAGAGGACUGGCCUGACCAUGGCUGACAUUGAUGCGUUUGAAUUCCACGAAGCCUUUGCUGGACAAAUUCUGGCCAACCUGAAAGCUCUGGAUUCAGACUGGUUUGCACAAAACUACAUAGGCAAGAAGUCGAAGGUUGGAGCCCCGUCUCUGGAUAAGUUCAACAACUGGGGGGGCUCCCUGUCCCUGGGACACCCCUUUGCUGCCACCGGCUGCCGCCUGGGCCACGCGAUGAUAGUGGAGCAUUACCCUCAGUAA